GCUAAAUCACAUUUAACUUUAUGCAACAAAUAUUCAACUAUUGUUCGAUGUUUUGGUUUAACCCAAAAUCCAUCAAAUGGAAAUUAUUUACUUGUAAUGAUGAAGUUUAAUAUAAAUUUGAGAGAAUAUUUACAACAAAAUCAUAAUCAACUUACAUGGAAUGAAAGAAUUAAAAUUACUUUUUUAAUAAUUGAUGCACUUUAUUUUAUUCAUAUAGAGAAUUCAAUUCAUAGAGAUUUGCAUUCCGGAAAUAUAUUAUAUUCACAGCUUAAUGAUUCUUGGCGGAUUACUCCUGAAGUUAUUAACGGAAAAGGUUAUACUUUUAGAUCUGAUAUUUAUAGUAUUGCAAUGCUCAUGUGGGAAAUUUCAUUUGGACAACCUCCAUUUAUGAAUUAUGAACAUGAUUAUAUUCUUGCAAUUGAUAUUAUUGAUGGUAUAAGACCAAAAAUUGUAUCAGAAAUUCCUUCGAAAUAUAAAAGUUUAAUGGAGCAAUGUUGGGAUGCUAAUCCACUAAAAAGACCUGAUACUAGGACACUCCAUAAAAAAAUUAGAGAAAUUAAAUCAUAUUAUCAGAAUAAUCCAAAUGAAUUACCUCAAUUAAUAACAAAAAUUGAUGAAAAAACAAGCAAUAUUUUAA